AUGCCUGCCUCAUUACUAAUAAAAUACAAUUCAAUCAUACGAAACUGUAUUAAUAAAGUUAAGUGCGUUAAUGGCCACUUUCAGGAAUUUUCAACGCACACGAUCGAAGCAAUAAAUCGUAUUGAGGAGCGUCCAAACGUGAUGGGAAUUAUGUAUUUUCGGAAAGAUUUUCUUCAACUUACAACAGUGCACGAGACUAUAUCGCAUAUUUUAACUAGUAAAUUACCACCUUUGACUUCAGCUUUUAGAAGGGCCAUCAGUGAAAUAACCGCUUCAUUAAACGAAAUAAAUCCAAUAGUCGAUCGAAUAAUGGAGGACGAAUCUGUGGAGGGUGUUAUUAUGACUAACCAAGAAGGAGAACCGAUUUUAACUAACAUCAAUUUAAUGAAUGCAACCAACUAUGGAAUUGCUAUGCGUAGACUAGGUGCUAUGACACAAGCCUGUAUUAAAGAUUUGGAUCCCUUCGACGAAGUAUUAAUUUUAAGAGUGACAACAAAGAAAUUAGAAAUAAUGACGGCACCGCAUUCUGAAUUUAAUGUCAUCGUGAUGCAACAUUCUAGAAUUAAAAGUAAACAUAAAAGC